AUUUCUAGCAUUAGGAAACUCGUUCAGGGCCACUGAAAAGUCAGGGGAGGCUCAAAUGUUAUUUCCCACGGAUUCCUGUUUUUCCGGAAACGUUGUCACCAAUGAGACUGUUAUUUUGUAGAAACAAUUAGCCCCUACCAAAAAAAAAAAAAAAAAAAAAAAAAAAAAAAAAAAAAAAAAAAAAUCACUGGAGGGGAGAAGGCUAGGCUGGAAGACAAGGAAGCUGCUGCUUGGAUUCGCUGGUGGAGGAAAGUGCGACCGGGAGCUGGGCUUGGGGGAUCUCGUCUCCUUAGUUCAGCACCAGAGGGGAUGGACAGCGUCUCCGGACUGGGCUACAGCCACAGGGACGGAACUACGCUGCCGAGGCCGCUCUCCUUGCCGCCACUGUCGUUGCCAGGGGCAGCUGGGCUCCUUGCUCCUCGCAGCUAAAAGGAGGUGUCUCCUAUUACUCCGUCGCCUCCCGGUCCCUUCCUUAAUGGAUGAAAAGUACCCCUCCCUCUACACCAGCUGUACCUAAGGACAGGACUCUGAGGAGUACUCUUGCUCCACCGAUUAAACUCUUAGCAGAAACUUCAAGAAUCAUUUUUCUAUAAGGGCCUGGGAGGAAUUCUGGCAGAAGAGUAAAGCCGAAGUUCUUAGAAGCUCUGAGAAAUCAUGGGCCAUACAGUAGGGGUCGAAAUGUUAAAAGGCCCACACUUCUUGAAAUAAACAGAAUGGUCCUGAGUGGAUUGCAACUGUUUUGGAAAUAGCUUUGUGAAAAGAGGUUGGAGAUCUACUCAAAAUUCUACGUUAGAGAAACUGAAAAGACAUCUAAUUUCAUUGCUCGGCAGACGACAUCCUUUGUGGUGCCAUAGCACAUGGAUUUCAGAACCGCCUGUGAGGAGACAAAGACAGGAAUUUGUUUGCUGCAGGAUGGUAACCAGGAGCCUUUCAAAGUCCGGCUGCACCUAGCCAAAGAUAUUUUGAUGAUCCAGGAACAGGAUGUGAUAUGUGUGUCUGGUGAGCCUUUCUAUUCUGGUGAAAGAACGGUGACCAUCAGAAGACAAACAGUAGGAGGAUUUGGAUUAAGCAUAAAGGGAGGAGCAGAACAUAACAUUCCAGUUGUUGUUUCAAAAAUCUCCAAGGAACAAAGAGCGGAACUUUCGGGACUUCUCUUUAUUGGAGAUGCAAUUCUACAGAUAAAUGGCAUUAAUGUGAGAAAAUGUAGACAUGAAGAAGUGGUUCAGGUUCUUCGGAAUGCUGGAGAAGAAGUGACUCUAACAGUGUCAUUUUUAAAAAGAGCACCUGCUUUCCUCAAACUCCCAUUGAAUGAAGAUUGUGCAUGUGCUCCAAGUGACCAGAGCAGUGGCACCUCCUCUCCUCUCUGUGACAGUGGCUUACAUCUCAACUACCACCCCAAUAAUACAGACACAUUAUCAUGCUCGUCGUGGCCGACAUCUCCAGGCUUGAGGUGGGAGAAGCGAUGGUGCGACCUCAGACUGAUCCCUCUACUACAUUCGCGCUUCUCUCAGUAUGUGCCCGGCACAGAUUUGAGUCGGCAGAAUGCCUUUCAAGUCAUUGCUGUGGAUGGGGUCUGCAGUGGGAUUAUUCAGUGCCUCUCUGCUGAAGACUGCGUUGACUGGCUACAAGCAAUAGCAACUAAUAUUUCAAAUCUCACAAAGCACAAUAUUAAAAAAAUCAACAGAAAUUUUCCUGUAAACCAGCAGAUUGUCUACAUGGGCUGGUGUGAAGCCAGGGAGCAAGACCCACUUCAGGACAGAGUGUACUCCCCGACCUUCCUGGCCCUGAGAGGCUCAUGUCUCUACAAGUUUCUGGCACCUCCAGUGACCACCUGGGACUGGACGAGAGCAGAGAAAACAUUCUCAGUUUAUGAGAUUAUGUGCAAGGUCCUCAAGGACAGUGACCUGCUGGACCGACGGAAACACUGCUUCACCGUGCAGUCUGAGUCUGGGGAGGACCUGUACUUCUCAGUAGAGCUGGAAAGUGACCUCGCCCAGUGGGAAAGAGCGUUCCAGACAGCAACCUUUCUAGAAGUAGAACGGAUACAGUGCAAGACCUAUGCAUGUGUGCUAGAAAGUCAUCUAAUGGGACUCACAAUUGACUUCAGCACAGGAUUUAUCUGCUUUGAUGCCGCAACAAAGGCUAUCCUUUGGAGGUAUAAGUUCUCUCAGCUUAAAGGUUCUUCAGAUGAUGGCAAGAGCAAAAUCAAAUUUUUGUUUCAGAAUCCAGAUACUAAACAGAUUGAAGCAAAGGAGUUGGAAUUUUCUAAUUUAUUUGCUGUUCUUCACUGCAUUCAUUCCUUCUUUGCUGCCAAGGUAGCUUGUUUGGACCCUCUAUUUUUAGGCAAUCAAGCUACUGUUUCUGCUGCUGCCAGCUCUGCUACCAUGAGCAAAGCAAAGUAUACAACUUGACAUACUGAGCUCUGCAUUGACACGCACCAUGACUAUAUAAGCAGAAUACAUUUACUCAUCAUUUAGACCCUAGAGAAACCAUAACAUCACCAAGUCAGCAGUGGAGGCAAAUUGAAAUUUUGGCAGAAAAAAGAAGGUCAUGUGGAACCUCAAAAACGCUUCCAUUCUGGAUGACAUCUGUGAAACAUACUAUAUGAACAAAACAGUUCAGUUGCUUUGUACCAGUAAGUAUAUUGCUUUCACCAAAACUGGAGACAAAAAUGAAUUAUUUGAAGAAAUAUGUAAGUAAUAUAAAAAUAGCUACCUAUAAAUAAAAAUACUUAUUAAAAGAUUACUUCUGUAUUUUAGAUUAUUUUGUAUGACUAGUACAUGUUGGGCAGAGUCAUAAACAAAGCCCUAUCAUUGUAUUAUGAGGGACAUAAAAGAGUUAAAAUCCAUCAAUCAGCAAGGAGCAUGCAAAAAAAUCACAUCAAAGAAGGAUGCACUUUAAUUUGCUAAUGUAAAUUUGCCCUCGUGUUCUCAUCCCAUGAUUUGACACUGGCAGUCCAAUUGUUUUUAUCUUAUUGUAAAUAUUCCAAAGAACUUCAGAAAGAUAAUUACUUUGACCCGUGAUAGAUACAAUGUGGAAUGGACUAUUCUCCCUUCGAUCACUGUUAUUGAAAUGUCUUAUUAGCUGCCAAAGUCAAUCAAGUAUGCCAAUAAUGUAUUAAUUUAAUUAUGAGUGAUGGAAAAUUUUACGAACCUCUCAUUUCUUCUUUGGUUUUAAAUAGAUUUAUAUUUUACCUAAGAAGAUUUAUUAUCAAAUUAAAGUUUCAUGAAUUUUCAGUGAACCCAAAAACUUUAGUAGAGAAAAUAACAUAAACAACUAUGGUGUGAGAAGCAAUUCUUUGUAAUCUGAAGUCUACUAGCUAAUCAUGAACUAAAAUGUCCCUCGAAAGCAGUCCCAAAUCUAUUAUAUAUGCUAAUUAAAUGAACAUUUUUCCAUUUUAGUACUAUUUUAUUAGAAACAAAGGUUAUAGUUAAAGAAAAAGGUUAAAAAUCUUUAUCCUCCCUUUCCAUGGAAAGUGAUUAAGUAAUGUCAACUAUGCAGGUUAUUUUAGAUAUUUUGUCCUAAGAAUGUAAAUGUGAAAGGCUGGGAAAUUUGAAAGCCUUAGAGGUGUGCAAUUUACUGAGAUUCCAGGUAUUAUACAACUACUUGUAUAACAUGGAAAUCAUUCUCUGUCCUUUAGUACAGCUUUUUUGAGAUAUUUUUAAAAGUCAACUGUGUAUGUAAAAAAAGCAAAACAAAACAAAACAUUUUUCUAUUGGUACACAUGCUCCCAGGUAAACCAAGUAUUACAUGUGUCCUUGUGGAUAUAACCAAGUAUCUAAUAAAUUGAUUCAAUUUUCUUUUUUUCAAAUAUGUUUUUAAAAAUCACUCAAGAAGGAAACAAAAUGAUUUCUAUAAAGGACAGAUUUAUUAAUUUUAAAAAUUAAUAUCAAGUUGUUUUUAUACUCAUUAUGAUUCAUUAAUUUAUUUUGCAUCAGAUUAAUUUGUAAAUACCUCAAAUUGAAAAGAAAAAGUGAGGGUUUAUAAUUGUCCCUGGGAAAAUGUUAAACUGAAUCUGACAUACCUUGCCCAAAGAACUGUGACAAAUUACAAUAAACAGUUGCAAUGUAAUGUAUUUUGACCAUAAAACUAAGUAUACAUUUGUAAUUAGUAUAGAACUUUAGAAUUAUUACACACUAUAUUGAUCAAACACAAGAGUCAUUGUAAAAUUGGAACCCACCAAAAGCAAGCUUCAGUAGUAGACCACUUCUGAACUUAUGGAGAAAAAGCAGUGGAAUACAUCCAACUUAAAAUUUUCAGCUGUGGCAGGUUGUUCAUUGUAGAACUUCUGCUUCCAACCAGAGCUGAAUCUCAGUGUUUCCCAUAUUGGGGUUACAUGAAUGUGUCCACAAUCUGGUCUGAGGCAAUAUGACGUGGGCUAAUUAUCCAUAAGCAAAAGAAAAAAGUUUCAAUAGUUUACCUACCUGUAAUAGAAUGAUUUAAAAAUUGUGAAAUUUUGUAAACAUUCCAUUUCAAAAUUUAAAAAAUCUAUUAACUAUUAGCUAUCUUUUUUUUGAUAUUAUGAAAAUUUAGCCUAUGCUCAUGUCUGUUAUGAAGGAAAAGGUGCACAAUUAGAUAUGUAUAAAUAUAUAUCUCCUCAGAGAAUACACAUACACCUACAUAUGCAUAUAUAUAUAUAUGCAUAUAUGUGUGUGUAUAUAUAUAAAUAUAAUGAAAUGCUGACCAUUAAUUAUAUUAAAAGAAUAUGUUUUGUGUACAUACAUUUAAUAUAUUUUAAAUUAAGUUGUAAAAUGCAGUUUGAUUAAAAACUUAUGACAAUACCAUUAUGAUUAUUUUUGAUACUAUUGAUAAAAAAACACAAGCCGUGAUUUUUAUUUAACAUGAUUAGUACAACAGUCAAAAAGUAACAAAAUACUAUUCUCAUUUUUAUCAGUUUAAUAAUUAGUGUUUAAUGUUUUCUUUACAAUGUGAUGAUUAGUCGUUGGCAUUUGUUAUAUCUUGGACUACUUGAAUGAGAAAGCUUAGAAAUGAACAAAAACACUUAUAAAUUUAUCUCUCUCAUAUAAUUUAGGUUUAAAUGUAUGAGAUUUAUUCAUAAAAUCCUAGUUUGUACAUUGAGCACAUUAUAACAGCAAAACGCUAAUGUGUUAACCCCUCCAGUGCCUUGGUGUGUGUGAGCAUGUAUGAUUGGGUGUGUGUCUGUGUGUGUAUGUAUGAGUGUGUGUGUGUGUUAUCAUUAAAGGGUUCAUUACAGUGUACAUAAAACAAGCUUAAUGGGGAAUAUUGUUAUUUAGGUCAGAGAAUGAAGUUUAAAGUCUAUUGAAAACUGCUAACUACUUUAACAAUGUCUUUUGCCUGAUAAAGAAUAACAAUUCAUCUAAGCUGAAGCAUAUUACAGAAAGGGCAUUUAUAAUUUGUUAUAUUGCAACAAGUAUUUAUUUAAAAAAUAAUUUAAUAGGUAGUGUAUGUGUAAUGUAUACCCCAACACACUUAUCCAGCUUUUUUAAAAUGGGAGGAUAAUCAGUUAAUUAUUUCUUGCCCAUAUUUCAGACGUGUACCAACUUAUAAUUUUGAAAUCUUCUCUCAUAAAGCUGUCCUUCAGCAAGAAAAAGAAAGCAAUUACUUGAAAAUAAAUGUCAGGUCCGUAUAAGCCAUGCAAGGAGAGAAAUGUUCCUUUGGAGUCAUUAGUUUAUAGAUCAACAUUUCCCUCAUUUACAGUGCUGAAGCUUGAUCAUGAACUUUGUCUAUGUUGAAUGCUGGAUUUAAGAAAAGCUUGAUUUAUUACUGAGAAAAAUUAAUUAUCCUAACAAUAAUUUAGAAUUACUGCUAGAAAUCAGCAGUGUGGAGAAGCUUUAAAAGUACAAGGAUGAUCUUGUGCUUAACUUUUUAAGGUAAGUGUAGACGUUCGGAUAUUAGUAAGACACAUUUUGCUACUAUUAAUACUUCUGUGCUUAUAAUUUCUCCUUAAAAAUUGCUUUAUUCAUACCUCUAAAAUUGUUCUUUAUUGUUUAUUCUUACUACUGAAUACUUUAAAAUCAUAAUGCCACUUAUUUGCACAUUUGAAUUUGCUUUUGCAAAUAAAAUAUUAUAAAUGUUAUAUAUUUAUAUAUAUUAAAAUGUAAUGAAAAUACAAGAAAUAUAAAAUGUAAAUAUAUUUAUUUCAUUUUUAAUUGUUUUGGUGGAUGUUUGUAAAAUGUAAAUUCAUAUCUGUGACAAAAAUUUGUCACUUCGUUCUUUCAGUUAAUUAAUGUACUACUAAUGAAACCAUACUUUUUUAAAUGAAGCAUACUGAAAAAUAAAAAUAAAUACUUUUUAC